AUGUUGAUGUCAAUCAAAGCUUCAGAGAGCAAGAAUUUACUAGAUGCCAAAAGAAGUAUUUCAUCAGACAAAAAAGAGGCACCCACCAAGCUAAUCAGGACCAUGCACGAAGAACCAUACGGGUCAACAAAUAUAAGCGAAAUAUCCUAUGAUGAACCAAACAAAUCAAAAUCAGUCUUGAAAAAUGACUUAAACAUUAAAAAAUUGCCAGUUGACGAGAAAAGUAGUUGUAAGCAAGGAAGUGUUUCUAAUUCUGAACAUAAAGAACUGCAUCAUAAUAAAGCAUCUGAAGAUUUUGAUCAUAAAACUCUAACAACUGAUGCAAACGUUUUGUCUAAAAAGGAAACUGAACAGAGCGGUGCAGUUACACAAUCUCACGUAACAGAGAAAAGCUCGUCUGUUAAAAAACAAGUUAAGGGCGAGCCUUCGCAUAACAAUGAAGAACAUCACUCACAGUUUGACAAGUCAGCCAGAACCAAAGCAAAGGAAAGUAAAACUUGUUCACCAACCGUCUUCAGUGAAAAUACUUCUACAGGAAAGGAUUUUAGAACACCAAUAAAACAAAAGCAACCAGCUAUCCAACAAUUAGCACAGAUAUCUAGAAAGAAAACAAAUCUCACUAGCGUUAUAGACAUAACAGAGAGUGAUUUGAUUGAAGAAAUAAAAAGUGAUAUGUCUGAGGAUAAAAUACAUCAGUUAAUAUUAAAAGCAGUACAAGAAGGCAAAUACACGGAGAGGGUAGUACCAAUAGAUAUUUGGGACUUUGGGGGUCAAAAAGAUUACUACAUGACUCACCAGUUAUUCAUCACAAUAUAUCUGCUACACUGGGUCAACUCGAUUUUGACAUACUGCAAAAGGACAGAUGAUGGUUUUCCAAGGAUUAUCUUUGUAGCUACACAUAAGGAUGAAAAAUGGUUCGAGAGGACACGAGAAGCUACAAGAAAACAACUUGAAGACGAGCUGCAAAUCCUGUUUAAAUCACAUGCUGGUUUGAAACAUUUAGAAUUCAAACCGUUGAUUUUUGUUAAUGCUAUAAACCCUGAAGAUCCAGAAAUUGGGGACCUUAGAAAAAAGCUAAUGCAAAGGGCAACUGAACAUCCAAGAUGGGGUGAAGCGAUGCCAACACGAUGGAUUCCUUUGGAGUUACAGUUAGCACAGAAAUCAGCAGAAGGGGUGAAUAUAAUUUCCCGCAAGCAACUGUUAGCUUUAAAUUCCAGAAAUGAGUCAAUGAUCCUAUCAGAGACGCAGUUGGAAACAUUCUUGAAGGUGCAACAUUCUCUUGGAAAACUGUUGUAUUUUGAUGUAGAGAAUCUACGGGAUUUUAUCAUUAUAUCGCCAUCAUAUUUAGUAGAAGUCCUGCGAUCCUUAGUUACCGAGAAGCAGUUCUGGCCUAAAGGACAUAGAUUUUCCCGGAUAUUGAGAUACAUUCAGGAAUUUGGAAUGAUUGAAGCAGAUGAUAUUUAUUACCUUUGGGAUCAGGAAACUUUCAAGCAUAUUCUGCCAUACAAAGAAUAUAUGAUUCAAAUGCUUGUACACCUUGAUGUCCUUGUAGCUCCUAGAACAAGAUUUGAAGAAGUAAAUAGUCCUACAAAUGAUGUUUCUCGCUUUCUGAUUCCCUGUAUGAUAACCAAAGAAAAUGACACAAUGUUCCUUAAAAGGUUUUGGCAAGCCAACACUUCCAUAAUACUGUCUUAUACCUUUGUUGAAGAGGUUAUCCCACCAGCAUUGUCAUAUCGCUUUCUUAGUUCAUUUAUAACUUCAUGGGAUAUAAAGAAUUUCAAAGACAGAAACACAGAAAAAAGAAUGCUUUUUAGUGAUCUUGCUGUCGUAAAGGUAGAUAACUCUCAUGAUGUCGCCGUCCAAGUGAAAACAAAUAGACUGAUUGUGUCGCUCAUUCAUGCAAAGAAAAAAGAAGAAAUAUUUCCUACCCUGGCAUCUUCUCUUCAGGAGUGUAUGACGGCAGCAAUAGUAAGAAUCUCAGAAUUCUAUUCGAUGUUGGCGGAAGAAACAAAACCAAAUGAUGUAAAUUCCGGUAUACCAUUCAGCAUUGAAUUCGGUGUAUUCUGCAAAGAGGAUCUAUGUUUCUUCAACCACAAUGAGGUGUCUUUAUCAUGUGAUGAACCACUGUGGUUUUGUAAAAUACACAAACAACGACAUGAGACCAAAUGCUUAACUGCUUGGUUCUCAGAAAAGGAACCACGUGAGAUUUGUACCAUCAAUUGUCAGGGUAUUCAGAGACGUCGUUCUUGAUGUGCCUGAUAUGUCAGAAGAGGUCUUAAAUAAACUUCCAUCAGUUGAUGCACUUCUUGAUUUGUCUAACCACAUUGGAAACAGUUCCAUGCAACUUGCCAUCGAGUUAGAGAUAGAUGUAUCUUAUAUACAGCAGAUUCAGCAUGAUCAUAAGAAUAAACUUCUGGAACAAACAAGAAAAUGUUUUCUAAAAUGGAGGCAGAGCAAAUUCCCAAAGCCAACAAUACUCCGAUUACUGAAAGCCCUGUAUAGGAUUGGGAAAUUCGGCCAAACAUACAAAGUGUUAAAGUGUUA